AUGGAGCUCGACCUCGACCUCGAACAAGCUGUGGCGUCUCUGCCCUCAUGCACGCGUUGUCGCCGACGUCGUAUCAAAUGCGACAAUUGCUUGCCGACCUGUCGCAAUUGUCUCCAAGCGGACAAGGAAUGUCAGUUCCGGGACCAUGUGGUGGGAGAGGACAUUCCACGGCAAUACCUACUAUCUCUGAUCCAGCAUCUUCAAGCGCUGAAUCCGAGUGUGAGUGUGGGCAGGGAGCCAGACGCCCAAGACCCCAGGAUUGAUGUUCACGAGGAUCCACAUUCGCAGCACUCUAGACCAAAGCCAAAGCCAUUCGACAUUUUUGCUGCCAGCCCCCAAACCGGUUGCCUGAAUGACACCGUUGUCUCGUAUUACGGUCCAAGCAGUGCCUAUGCCUACUUUGCGGCCAACACUCCAGGGGUGGCAACGCCUGAGAUGCCUGAGCAGCCGGCCAAUGAACCCUAUCGACGGCUCUUGCACACCAUCGCGGCCGACAGUCGACGUGACUCCAAAGGCGCCGAGGCCAGACUUCCUACGGCGACCCUCACAAAAGCACUGGUCGUCCACUAUCACCGGUCAGUCGAACCUUUUCUUCCGAUCCUGGGCGAGGAGUGGUUCGCACAUAUCAACUCACUGGCGUUGGACGAGACCUCCUCUCUCUCCUUCGACGAUGGCAGUGUCCUGCCUGCACUGCUCCACCUCGUGAUGGCCAUCUCACUCCAAUUGAUGAGCGGGUACGAGGCGAGUUUGGGGACAAUGGCAUCCACACACUUCUUCAGCAUCACCGAAGCCACCGUGCAGCGGACGCUCAGGCAUCCGAAUUUGCAGACGUUUCAGCUCUUCGCUCUUAUCUGCGUCUAUGUGAUGCUGGACAGAGAGGUUGGAGACGUUUGGAGCGCCCUUCAUCAUGCAAUGUCGUUGUAUGGGACUCUCGAUCUUGAUUCCGAUUCAGGAGAGGACCAGCGAGCAAUGAUGGUUCGACGCACGCUGUUCAUUCUAGAAGUGUACGAGAACCAUCUCCAUCUCUGCAGUUGA